AGGGGCAGGGAGAGAGAUGCCUUCUGCACCAUCCAAGGGCUGAGGACAAGUAGCUGAAGUCAUCCUGUUCUUGGAACUACAGCAGAGCCAGGGCAGUGCAGGCACCCCCACAGGUGUUUCAUGGGCUCAUUCUUUAGCAUGAAGAACCCUCAGAACUUCUUCAAAGACAUUCUGGGCAGGCACAAUUAAGCCUUUUAUUUUAAUUAACCAUCUUUCCUUGGUUACUUUAAAUAGAAGAGGAAAGGAAAUUAACAGAGGAACCAGCAAAGCUCAUCUCACGUCUCAGAAUUGAUUCUCUGACCUUUUUUACUAUUUGUGUCCCCCCACGAAAAUCUGCUUUUCAUCUGCACCAUCCCAACCUCCUGCAACAGAGGAAGCCCCCGAAGCUUUUUGAGCCCUUUUCGAAGAUUUCCACCUCUGCAGCCAGACAUCGAGCUUCGUUUCUGUGCCAAAGACAUGAAGCACCGCCUGGGCUUCUUGCUGCAGAAGUCAGAUUCCUGUGACUACAGCUCUUCCCAGGGCAAGAAGGAGAAGUUAUCUUCAAGCCAGAGGCUUAGCCAAGAGGAAGUAAGAAAAUGGGCAGAGUCUUUGGAAAAUUUGAUCCAUCAUGACAGAGGACUGGCUGCUUUCCGCGCUUUUCUCAAAUCUGAGUACAGUGAGGAAAACAUCGAGUUCUGGGUCAGUUGUGAGGAGUACAAGAAAACCAAGUCACCGGCCAAGCUCAGCCCCAAGGCCAGGAAGAUCUAUGAUGAGUUCAUCUCAGUGCAGGCCACAAAAGAGGUGAACUUGGAUUCAUGCACACGGGAGAAGACGAGCCACAACAUGCUGGAGCCUACACUGUCCUGCUUUGAUGAGGCUCAGAGAAAAAUAUUCACCCUCAUGGAGAAGGAUUCUUACCGUCGCUUCCUCAAGUCCCCUUACUACCUGGACUUGGUCAGCCCACCUGGUGCUGGCUGUAGGCCCGAAAACUGCAAAAGAAACCACACUCACAGCUUAGACUGCAACUCCAACAUCAUCUCUCAGUGCGCCUGAACCUGCAGCAAGGCAGGGGCGGGCCGGGCUCUUGCAGAAUAUGUGGCAGCAAAAGCACUCAUUGGCAUGAAGCAACAGAGCUGUCUCCAGUAGCUGUCUAAUGUUCCAGUUGUAUCCCAUGUCAUGCAGCAGCCAGCAUUUGUAACCCAAUCCAGGCUCAGUGUGUGUAGCAAACCCUCCUGUGACGGGUCGGUGUAGGAGCGCUGGGGUCUGUCUGGCAGGAGCGGGGGCAGUGGCUGCGAGUGCCGAGCCCUGGGAGCCAGCAGGGUGCUGGGGAGCCCCAGGGAGCCCUGGCUCUGCCCACCGAGGGACCAGGCUGGUGGGGUCACAGCGUGACACACAGCCAGGUGCAGGGCAGAGGGGCAGCCAAAGGAAGUGCUGGAGACUGUCAUCUCCCCUUUCUAAUCUGCAGAGGUUUAGGUGAAAAGGGCUGGCUCUGGUUCUUAGCUGUUCACAACUCCCAAAUGUCCAGGCUGUCAGGAGUGUAUGCUCAGAGCUCAGGCUGUGCUGCAUUGCAGUAUCAGGCACAGGAAGAGCUCCUGCUCUUUCUUGAAGGGAAACCAAAACUUUUUGGACAGCCUCCCUCAAUCAUCACAGCCACAGUCACUGGGAAGCUCAGCCUCCCUCGGCCAUCACGGGAAACUCUUCCCUCUGGCUGCUGCUCCCUCUGUAGCACCCAGUUUGUGCUGGCCAAGGAUCUUCCCUAGGGCUGUGCAGAGCUGUUACUUUGGGAGAGGCUCAUUAUUUCCUAUAUUAUUAAUUGCAACCUUCAUGCUCCCAGGUUAAAUAGUCCAGCAGAACAGAACAGAAACAUGUUCCUUCUCUCCCAGACAGGUUUAUAUUCCUGACUCUGGGAGCGCCAUUUCAGGUUUGCCUGUCCUGGCUUGUAAGAAGCAGUUUGUGAGGGAAUAGGACCACCAUAUCUGAGGAAGAAAGGCCCUGCUUGGGAGUACUUGAAAAUGCUGGAGUUUUUUAAGGUCUUAUUUAUGUAUCUCAGUAGUAGCAUGGCUCACUUUUCCUGAAGAUGGUAGGAGGAAUGUGUCUAUCUCAUUACUGCUCCGGGGCUUUGCCGGAAGGCAGCUGACACUUUGGUUGCUGUGGUGAGACAGGGCCUUUGCUGUGGGCUUGGGCACUGACCUGCAGUGGGAGGCACAGGAGGCGGCUGCAGGAUUGCUGCCCUGAGCUGCAGCACGGGUGUCUCACUGUCCCCCAGCCUUGGUCUCUCCUUCAUUAGGUAUUGCUGCUGUGGCCACUGCGUACCCUGCACUCUGCCUCCCAAUCCAGACAGCAGCUCUCACACCGAGGUUUUGGCAUGGCAGGAGGAGGCUGUGGCUCUCCAGACCCAUAGAGAAACUUCUUUCUUUAACAUGUGCUUUAUUUUGUAUUUAUUCAAUGUACCAACACUUAUCACCCUGCAUGCUCAGCUAAGAGAUGGAGAGGCUUGCUAAAGCACUGAACAUAGCCAAGCAUGUGGCUAUGGUUUUUUUUUCCCCUGGUACUGGGAAGUCUUGGUAACUAUUGCAAAAACUGUAUCAAUAUUUAAAUAAUGAUGAAUGCAGUCUAAAUAAAAUGUUUGUGUUAGUUCCUUCUAAAA